AACUAACCGCCCAAACGCCUGCACCGGCAUGCGGAAGGAAACGUUUGACUCCUUCUUCCCGCGCCACCUUCCAUCUCUUCUAGUGCGACAUUUCUCUCCUUCAUCCCCACUCUUCUACAACCGUUUUCAUUUCUCCUUCCAAUCCAGCUGCAUCAAGAAAAACAAAAAAACAAAAAGAGGAAUAAUUGCCUAGGUAACAGGAGAGAGAGGCGGAGAUGUCAUGGUUCAGAUCAGCGAUGCACAAAGCCGUCGAAGCAGGCGGCAACACCAACCUCCCUCGCACCGUACGCAACUACGCCGAUUCCGUCGUCCAACAAGCUGGUUUUGCUGUUGCCGAGGGCGCUAAGCUUCUUCAGGACCGCAUUGGAAUGCAGAAUAUCAAAAGCUUUAGGCAUACCGUAAGAAAUUUGGAGGAAGUUUCUGUUUCUUGUAGAGGCUUAGAGAGAAUUCAAUUACUAAGAAGAUGGUUGGUUGCACUUAAAGAAAUUGAAAGAAUAUUGGGAAACUAUUAUGAUGAUAAUGAAAAAGAUCUUGUGCAGAAUGAUACUCCUGUUGAGUCCAAGGAUUCACCUGGAAAACCUACUUUGAUUAUGUAUUAUGACCCUGAUCUUGGGGAUGAACCAGUGAAUUUCCGUGACGUCUUUCUUCACAGUCAAGCACUUGAAGGCAUAACAUUAUCUAUGAUUCUUGAAGCACCAAAGGAUGAAGAGGUUUCUUUACUUCUGGAAUUGUUUGGGCUCUGUCUUACAGGAGGGAAGGAAGUUCAUAAUGCAAUCAUCAGCAGCAUACAAGAUUUGGCACAAGUGUUCUCAGACUACGAAGAUGAAGUACUGGUAAAGCGGGAAGAGUUGCUCCAAUAUGCUCAAGCUGCAAUUGCAGGGCUGAAAGUAAAUGCUGAUAUUGUAAGAAUAGAUGCUGAAUAUUCAAGUGCACAGAAAAAACUUGACAGAAUGAAAGCAUCUCAGCAGCCUUCUAACGAAGGCAAUGAUAAAUCAUCUCAAGAAUCAACUGUUGAAACAAGAGAGGCUUUAAAGGAGGCACUUGCACAGAUUCUACUAUGUUCCCAAGUGGAGGCACUCUUACUAAAGAAGAAAUCUUUAAGAACUGGUGAUUCUCCAGAGGUUCAUGCUGAAAAGGUCAAUAAAUUGAAAAUUUUGUCAGAAUCUCUUAUUAGCUCUACCUCAAAAGCAGAAAACCGCAUUUUGGACAACAGGGUAAUAACCUUAAGCAUACCCAAGAGCAGGUUCCAGUGCUCUGCAAGCUUUGAGUGGAAAUACAAAUAUCAAAAAGAAGAAGCACUCAACUUUCGUGUGGCAAAAGAUACUGAAAUUAACCAACUUGAGAAGAAUAUCCAGAUGCUCAAGUAUCAUGACCUUCUCCAGGAACUGACAGUGGAGAUAGGAGCACUUGAAAGGCAAAGAGAUGAAUUUGAAGCUGAAUUGAAAAAGGUCAAUGCGUCAUUGGCUGCUGCCCGAGCACGCCUUCAUAAUGCGAGGGAAGAAAGCGAGCAGUUUGCUGAAGCUAGCAAUCAAAUUGUUAUACACUUGAAAGCAAGGGAAGAUGAGCUGUCAAGAUCCCUUGCUUCGUGUAGAGUAGAAGCACAUGUUGUUACUACAUGGAUUAAUUUUCUGGAAGAUACAUGGACUCUCAAGAGAGCAUACACAGCACAAAACGAGAAUCAGGUCAGAGAUGAACUGGAGAAAUAUGGAGACUACUUCUUGAAUUUAGUUAUUCAUCUUCUCUCUGCUUACAAGGAAGAGUUGGAGCCUUCUGUCUCUCGUGUGAAGAAACUAGUGCAGAAUUUAAGUGGAGGGUCAGCAAUAAUACCAAGUAUGGGUGAUGAAAAUUCAAAAGCAAUGAACCUAAGGAAAAAUCUUGAAGAGGAAUAUCUGGAUUAUGAAGCCAAGUUCAUAACCACUUUCAGUGUAGUGGUCAGCAUGAAGAAGCAGUUCUAUGCUCAAAAUGAAGACCUCUCCAGAAAAGAUGAUCAAAAGGUCCAAGAGCUAUUCGAUGCACUGGAAAAAAUAAAGGAUGAAUUUGAAUCCAUUGAGAGACCAACUUUGGAAAUUGAAACUCCAACCAGAAGAAGUUCACAGCCACCAAUCCUAGAGACACCCCAAAAAAGUCCAUCCGGUUACCUCAAACAUAUUAUGCCAGAAUAUAAGUCAAUUAAGAGAGAUAAGGCGUUGGAUAGAGAGGCAGAGCUGUUAGAGCUGGAGUCAGAAUUUGGGAAGAGUAGCAGGGACCACUCAUCAGACGAGAUCAGUGACUGGGUGUGCGAUGAACUUGAAAGGUGACUGAAAACCUUGAACUGGCUACAGGAAGUGUGUCAAAUUUUCCAGGUGAUAUAAAACAUAUACGUGGUAGUUUAAAUCAAAUAACAAGACUGCGUUCCAUCAACGCUUGGAGAGGAAAAAGGCAAAGGCGGGCAUUGUUUUGAUACAACAAAAAAAAAAAGUAGUUGUAUGUGACUACUGAACAUCUUGUAAACUCCCAAAAAGCUGCAUUUAAAUGGGAGCAGCCUCCUUUGACAUGUAGUACUGGAAAGAUAUUUGACUCACUUGAUUUGGUGUUAAUUCUCCAAAACUUGUAAUGAUGGAAGGUGUAUAACAUUGAUUUUGUGGAGGCAAA